CGUUCCGUCUCUGGGGUUUGUUCUUCUCCUCGUCGUCUCUCUCUCUCUCUCCCUCUCUCUCUCUACAUACAUACAUCGUCUCUCUACAACAACUGGUACAUAGUCCUUCAGAUGCGUACGCACCCGCUUCACCAUCUCAGUGCUUGAACAUCGGCCGUACAAAAAACGUCUGAGGAGAGAUGGCGACGGGAAGGUCUAGUAUGCCGUCGCGUCUCAGGCAACUUCUAUCGGGUGAAGGGUCUAUCGGACCGUCUAUUAGACUUGACGCUGAGCCUCCUCCCGAUAUCAAAGCAUUCAUUGACAAAGUGAUCCAGAGUCCUCUGCAGGAUAUUGCAAUACCUCUUUCUGGUUUUCGGUGGGAGUACAGUAAGGGAAAUUUUCAUCACUGGAGGCCAUUGUUUCUACAUUUCGAUACAUACUUCAAGACAUAUUUGUCCAAUAGGAAUGACCUUCUCUUGUCCGAUAAAAUUCUAGAGGAUGAUAGUGCAUUUCCAAAGCAUGCAGUUCUUCAAAUACUUAGGGUGAUGCAGAUAAUUCUGGAGAAUUGUCCCAACAAGAGCUCUUUUGAUGGUCUGGAGCACUUUAAACUCCUACUCGCAUCUACGGAUCCAGAGAUUCUCAUAGCUGCUUUGGAAACUCUCGCAGCACUUGUUAAAAUUAGCCCAUCUAAGCUCCAUAGGAGUGGAAAGUUGAUUGGAUGUGGUUCAGUAAACAGCUACCUACUUUCUCUUGCUCAAGGAUGGGGUAGCAAGGAGGAGGGACUGGGGUUGUAUUCCUGUGUUGUGGCUAAUGAGAGAAACCAAGAGGAAGGUCUGAGCUUAUUUCCUUCGGUUUUAGAGAAUAAUCGUGAUGAAGGAGAUUAUCGAAUUGGUUCUACGGUUUAUUAUGAGUUGCAUGGACACAAUGCCCAGAGUACUGAUGAUGGAAGGAAUCCUAGUUCUAGUUCAAGUUCAAGGGUGAUACAGAUUCCUGACUUACACACGAGGAAAGAGGAUGAUUUGGUGUUGAUGAAGCAGUGUAUAGAGCAAUAUAAUGUUCCUCAGGAGCUUAGAUUCUCUCUGCUGACCCGAAUUAGAUAUGCUCAUGCUUUUCGGUCACCCAGAAUAUGCCGUUUGUACAGCAGGAUCUGCUUACUCGCCUUCAUUGUUCUUGUUCAGUCUAGUGAUGCUCAAGACGAGCUCUCAUCUUUCUUUGCAAAUGAACCUGAAUAUACAAAUGAAUUAAUCAGGAUUGUCCGAUCUGAGGAAACAAUCCCUGGCACUACAAGAACUCUUGCCAUGCUUGCAUUGGGAGCUCAAUUGGCUGUAUACUCAGCUUCUCAUGAUCGUGCCAGGAUUUUGAGUGGAUCUAGCAUCAGUUUUGCUGUAGGCAAUCGAAUGAUUCUUCUCAACGUGCUUCAAAAAGCUGUUUUGUCUUUGAAAACCUCAAGUGACCCAUCAUCUAUUGCUUUUGUCGAGGCGCUGCUUCAGUUUUAUUUGCUUCACAUUGUGUCAUCAUCAUCAUCCGGAAGCACUAUUAGGGGUUCAGGAAUGGUUCCCACGUUUCUGCCUCUCUUGGAGUAUGGUGAUCCGAGUCACAUGCAUCUUGUAUAUUUGGCUGUUAAAGCUCUACAAAAGCUCAUGGAUUAUAGUAGCUCAGCCGUGCCAUUACUCAGAGAUCUCGGAGGAGUCGAGCUUUUGGCUCAGAGAUUACAGGUAGAGGUUCAUCACAUUCUUGAUCUGCCUGUGGAGAAUGAUAGUGCGAUGGUGAUUGGUGAAUCUUCAAGGGACAAUGAUGAACGGUUGUCCUCCCGAAAGAGACUUGUCAAAGUUCUGCUUAAGGCUCUUGGUUCUGCGACAUAUACUCCUGGGAAUUCUAAUAGGUCUCAAAGUUCUCAUGAGAGUACUUUACCUGCCACUUUGUCUCUGAUAUACAGGAGUGCAGAUAGAUUUGGGGGCGAAAUUUAUUACUCCGCUGUCACCGUCAUGAGUGAUAUUAUCCACAAAGAUCCUACCUGUCUUACAUCUCUUUUUGAAAUGGGUCUUCCAGAAGCGUUUUUGUCUUCAGUGGUAGCAGGGAUACUUCCUUCUUCAAAGGCGCUUGCAUGUGUUCCGAAUGGGUUGGGUGCUAUCUGUCUUAACAGCAGAGGAUUAGAUGCAGUGAAAGAAACUUCAGCAUUGCGCUUCCUUGUCGAUGUAUUUACCAGCAAGAAGUAUGUUCUAGCUAUGAAUGAGGCCAUUGUUCCUUUUGCAAAUGCUGUGGAGGAGCUUCUUCGUCAUGUCUCUUCUUUAAGAGCCACUGGUGUUGAAAUAAUCAUAGAAAUUGUGGAUAAAAUUGCGUCUUUUGGAGAGAGUGGCACUUUGGCAGCAUCUGGAAAUAUCACCGAGACUACUGCAAUGGAAAUGGAUUCAGAAGCAAGGGAAACAGUUGUUGUUAAUCAUGAGCAGUUUGUUCAACUCUGCAUCUUUCAUUUGAUGGUUCUGCUCCAUAGAACAAUGGAGAACUCUGAAACCUGUCGUCUCUUUGUGGAGAAAUCUGGCAUCGAGGCUUUACUGAAACUUCUUUUACGGCCUAGCAUUGCUCAGUCAUCUGAAGGCAUUUCAAUUGCCUUGCAUAGUUCCAUCGUCUUCAAGGGAUUUACACAGCAUCACUCUUCUGCUCUUGCCCGCGCAUUCUGUUCUGCUCUCCGUGAUCAGUUGAAGAACGCUUUAAGGGGGCUAGGGGAUAUUGCAGGGACUUUCUUGUUGGAUCCAAAACAAUCUCCAGUUGCUGGAAUUUUUGCUUCACUUUUCCUUGUUGAGUUCCUUCUGUUCCUAGCGGCAUCGAAAGAUAACCGCUGGAUGAGUGCAUUGCUUUCAGAGUUUGGAAAUGGGAGUAAAAAUGUCCUAGAAGAUUUAGGGCACUUGCAUCGUGAAAUUUUGUGGCAGAUUGCACUUCUUGGGGAUGCAAAGGUGGAUAGCGACAGUGAGCGGGCUGGAAAUGUUCCCGAGUUAGGGCAAGCUGAGUUGGGUAUAAAUGAAUCUGGAGGUCAAAGGUUCAAUUCUCUUAGACAGUUCCUUGAUCCAUUAUUUCGGAGGAGAACAGCAGGAUGGAGUGUAGAAUCUCAGUUCUUUGAUCUGAUAGAUCUUUACCGUCUUGGUCGUGCAUCGACUGGUUUUCAGCCAAGACCGAUAACCGAUGGCCCUCCAAGUUCAUCAGAGGCUUCUGGUAGAAAGGAACAUGACAAAGAUGGGUCCUAUUAUACAUCUUGCUGUGAUAUGGUGAGGUCACUUUCAUUCCACAUCACAUACUUGUUCCAAGAGUUAGGGAAGGCAAUGCUGCUCCCAUCUCGUAGGAGGGAAGACACUGUAAAUGUUUCUCCAUCCUCUAAGUCAGUUGCCUCAAGCUUUGCUUCUAUUUCCCUAGAUCAUUUGAAUUUUGGAGGUCAUCAGGUUGCUCCUGAGGCAUCAGUGGCAACUAAAUGUCACUACCUUGGCAAGGUUGUUGAUUUCAUUGACGCCGUCCUUCUCGACAGACCUGAUUCGUGUAAUCCUGUUUUGUUAAAUUGCUUCUACAGCCGAGGAGUUAUUCAAAUGGUCUUGACAACGUAUGAAGCGACCAGCCAACUUUUGUUUGCAGUUAAUAGGAGCCCCUCAUCCCCCAUGGAGACUGAUGAUGUAAAAGUAAAGCAAGAUGAAAAAGAAGAUCUGGAUCAUGCUUGGAUAUAUGGUCCUCUGGCUAGUUAUGGCAAGCUGAUGGACCAUUUGGUGACAUCAUCUUAUGUUUUGUCUCCACUGACAAAACACUUGCUUGUGCAACCAGUAGCAAAUGGGGAUAUUCCAUUUCCACAAGAUGCUGAGACAUUUAUGAAGAUGCUUCAGUCCAAGGUGUUGAAAGCUGUGCUUCCUGUUUGGACUCAUCCACAGUUUACUGAUUGUAGUUAUGAUUAUAUUACUACACUAAUUUCCAUAAUCAGGCAUGUGUAUUCUGGAGUUGAAGUGAAAGUCCUUGGUAACGGUGGCAGUGCUCGGGUCACAGGUCCACCUCCCAAUGAAACAGCCAUUUCAACAAUCGUGGAGAUGGGUUUCACAAGAUCUAGAGCUGAAGAAGCCUUGAGACAGGUUGGAACGAACAGUGUUGAGCUGGCUAUGGAAUGGCUGUUCUCCCAUCCAGAAGAAACCCAAGAGGAUGAUGAGCUUGCUCGUGCUCUUGCUAUGUCCCUUGGAAACUCUGAAACUGACACGAAACAGGAUGUUGCAGAUGAAACUCGUCAACAAAUUGAACAAGAAAUGGUUAAGCUGCCACCCAUUGAGGAGCUUUUAACAACAUGUAAGAAGCUCUUGCAGAUGAAAGAACCCCUUGCCUUUCCUGUCAGGGACUUGCUUGUGUUGAUAUGCUCUGAAAACAAUGGUGAACACCGAUCUGGUGUUAUAUCUUUCCUUCUUAGCCAGGUGAAAGGUUGCUGUCCUAUCUCUGAUGACAGAAAGAGCAAUCUUCUCUCUGCAUUGUUGCACGUUCUUGCUUUGAUUCUUCAUGAAGAUGCAGGCUCCCGUGAAGUUGCACUGAAGGCUGGUGUUGUAAGACUUGUGUGUGAUGUUCUUUCAGAAUGGGACUCCUGUAAUAUUGACAGUGGAAAAUGCAAAGUUCCAAAGUGGGUGACGACAGGGUUUCUUGCAAUUGAUAGGCUGUUACAAGUGGAUCAGAAGAUAAAUACUGAGCUUAUCGAGGAGUUGAAGAAGGAUGAAACCUCUUUAAACAUUGAUGAGAGCAGACAAAACAAGUUACAAUCUGCUUUUGGUUCUCCACGGAUUGUAGAUGUUGAUGAUCAAAAGAAGCUUAUUGAGAUUGCUUGUACCUGCAUCCGGAAUCAGCUUCCUUCUGAAACAAUGCACGCUGUUCUGCAGCUCUGUUCCACACUGACAAGGACACAUUCUAUGGCUGUUUACUUUCUUGAUUUCGGAGGUGUGCGAUCACUGCUUUCUUUGCCGAGUAAUAGUCUCUUUCCUGGAUAUGACUGUGUUGCUGCUAGUAUUAUCCGUCAUGUCCUUGAAGAUCCCCAAACUCUUCAGCAAGUCAUGGAAUCUGAAAUAAAGCAUGCUCUUGCUACACUUGCCAACAGACACUCGAAUCCGAGAAUCUCUCCACGCAAUUUUUUACUGAAUUUAAGUUCAGUAAUUUCUCGGGAUCCAGUUAUUUUUAUUCAGGCUGCUCAGUCUAUAUGCCAAGUAGAGAUUGUUGGUGAAAGGCCUUACAUCAUUUUAGUAAAAGAUCGAGAAAAGGAGAAAUCUAAGGACAAGGAGAAGGAUAAGGAUAAGGAAAAAACUGAAAAGGAAAAAUCUCAGAUCAAUAAUGAAGAGAAGACUGCAUUGGGCAGCUCAACAUCUCCUGCUCCUGGGAGCAUCAAGAGUCCUAAAGUUCACAGGAAACCUCCAGAGACCUUUGUUAGUGUUGUUGAGCUCCUUCUGGAUUCUAUUAAUGACUUCAUUCCUCCUCCGAAAGAUGACAUGGUUGUAGGUGAUUCAGCAUCAACAGACAUGGACAUUGAUCUUGCCGUUACGAAGGGGAAAGGCAAAGCUGUCGCCACUAUGCCUGAAGAGAAGGAAUCUAAUUCUCAAGACAUGUCAGCAUCACUGGCUAAGAUUGUUUUUAUUCUGAAGCUGUUAACAGAAAUCUUGCUAAUGUAUUCUUCAUCUGUCCACAUAUUGCUUCGAAAAGAUGCUGACGUUAGCGGUCUCAGAGGUCCUCAUCAGAAGAAUGGUCAAGUUGGUGUAAUAUUUCAUCAUAUCCUUCACAAGUUUAUUCCGUACUCAAGGGUGAAAAAGGAAAGGAAAUCGGAUGGGGAUUGGCGACAAAAGCUGGCUUCUAGAGCUAAUCAGUUUUUAGUGGCGGCAUCUGUUCGAUCAGCUGAAGCGAGGAAGAGGAUAUUUACUGAAAUUAACAGUAUCCUCAAUGAUUUUGUAGAUGCGUGCAAUGGUUAUGGACAGCCAGGCAGUGAUAUACAGAUUUUUGUUGAUCUGUUGAAUGAUAUGCUAUCAGCUCGCACACCUACUGGAUCACACAUAUCUUCAGAAGCUUCUGCUACUUUUAUCGAUGUUGGCUUGGUGAAGUCACUUACUCGUACUCUUGAAGUUUUGGAUCUGGACAAUGUAGAAUCUCCCAAAGCUGUUACUGGAAUCAUAAAAGUCUUGGAGCUGGUGACUAAGGAACAUGUCCAUUCUGCUGAUUUAAACUCUAAGGAUGAAAAUGCGAAUAAGUCUUCUGAUCAAGUUCAAUCCAGAAGAGCAGAUAAUGCUGCUGAUAUAUCCCAAGAAGAGGAAAGGAUGUCUCGGUCCAAUCAUGAUUCGAUGACAGCCGAACAUGUGGAGAACUUAGGUAGUUCACAAAAUUAUGUUGGUUCAGAGGCUGUGACAGAUGACAUGGAGCACGAUCAGGAGCUGGAUGGUGGUUUUGCUGCUGUGGCCGAGGAUGAUUAUAUGCGAGAAGCAGGCGAGGAGGCUAGGGGGCUGGAAAAUGGCGUUGGGGCCAUGGGUAUAGAAUUUGAGAUGCAGCCCCAUGUGCAAGAAAAUCUUGACGAAGAUGAGAACGAGGAAAUGUCUGGUGAUGAGGGCGAUGAUGUAGAUGAAGAUGAAAAUGACAAUGAAGACGAAGAAGAUGAGGAAGACAAUGACUUGGAAGAUGAUGAUGUGCAUCACCUGCCUCAUCAUGACACUGAUCAAGAUGAUCAUGAGCUUGAUGAUGAUGAAUUUGAGGAAGAAAUAUUGGUUGAAGAUGAUGAAGAGGAUGAAGAUGAUGAAGAUCGGGUAAUUCUCCGUUUUGAAGAUGGCAUCAAUGGAUUAAACGUCCUCGACCAUCUAGACGUUUUUAGAGAUCAUAGAUUUCCUGAUGAUUCUCUUCAUGUGAUGCCUGUUGAAGUCUUUGGCUCUAGACGUCAAGGGCGGACAACAUCUAUUUACAACCUUCUCGGCAGAUCUGGUGACAGUGCUGCACCUUCACAACAUCCUCUUUUAUCAGGACUCUCUUCCUUAUCACUUUCAGCAUCCCAUAGACAAUCAGGAAAUAUGCGUGAUCUUGCUGGUGCAGGCAGGGAUUCACAGAGUAGUACUCCAUCACGGCUGGAUGCUAUAUUCCGUUCUUUAAGGAAUGGACGCAACGGUCAUCGUUUGAAUUUGUGGGCUGAUGAGAACCAGCAAAUUGUUGGAUCUGGUGCGUCUACUGUACCACAAGCUCUUGAAGAUUUGCUCGUCUCACAGUUGAGACGACCCAGUUCCGAUAAGCCUUCUGAUCAGAGUACAUCCCCUAUAGAGCAGACUGAGGGUACUCGGUUGCAGGAAGCAAAUGUAAGGCCUGAAAUGCCAGCUGAAAAUGCUGCUAAUGAUACAAAUGCCAAUGUGUCUGUGCCUUCAACCAUAGCCAUAGAUUCAUCUGCUCCAUCUGAUACAAGAGGAGGCGCCGCGGCUGAUUCUGUAUCGAGUGUACAAUCUCAGUCUGUCGAAAUGCAGUAUGAACAGAAUGAUUCAACUGUUAGGGAUGUUGAAGCUGUGAGUCAAGAAAGCGGUGGGAGUGGCGCAACAUUAGGGGAAAGCCUCAGGAGUCUGGAUGUUGAAAUUGGAAGUGCUGAUGGGCACGAUGAUGGUGGAGAAAGGCAUGAAAUACAGGCACCAACUCGUUCAAGGAGGACAAAUGUCUCACUCAUGGCAUCUUCGGCUGGGCGAGAUGUGUCUCUUCACAGUGUGACUGAAGUUUCUGAGAAUUCUGGCCAUGAGGCUGAGCAGGAUAAUGCUCCAGCCGAACAGCCGGUAAACAGUGAUGUUGGUUCUGGAUCCAUUGAUCCUGCAUUUCUGGAUGCUCUACCACAGGAACUACGGGCUGAAGUCCUUUCGGCUCAACAAGUACAGGUGUCACAGCCUUCUAACAGUGAACAGCAGAAUGCAGGAGAUAUUGAUCCUGAAUUUCUCGCCGCUCUUCCUCCUGAUAUCCGAGCUGAGGUUCUGGCACAGCAACAGGCACAAAGGAUUCACCAGUCUCAGGAACUUGAAGGCCAGCCUGUUGAAAUGGACACGGUCUCAAUAAUUGCAACAUUUCCUUCUGAGUUGCGGGAAGAGGUGCUUUUAACAUCAUCGGAUGCUAUUCUUGCGAAUCUUACACCUGCUCUUGUUGCGGAAGCAAACAUGUUGCGUGAAAGGUUUGCUCAUAGGUACCAUAACCGUGCACUUUUCGGCAUGUAUCCUAGAAGUCGGAGAGGUGAGUCGUCCAGGCGAGCCGAGGCCAUCUUAUCUGGCUUGGAUAGAGUUGAAGGGGGCGUUGCUUCACGUAGGUCUGCUGUAAAGGUUGUUGAAACUGAUGGAGCUCCUCUCGUUAACACAGAAGCACUCCAGGCAAUGAUUCGCGUGCUUCGCAUAGUUCAGCCUCUUUACAAGGGUCAUCUGCAGAGACUUCUCCUGAAUUUAUGUGCUCAUGGAGAAACCAGACUUUCCUUAGUCAAGAUUUUGAUGGAUAUGCUGAUGCUUGAUACAAGGAAACCUGUAAACUAUUCAAGUUUUGCUGAACCACCUUAUCGUCUCUAUGGUUGUCAAAACAACGUAACAUAUUCACGCCCUCAGCAUUUUGAUGGAGUACCUCCUUUAGUGUCUCGACGUGUCCUUGAGACGUUGACAUAUCUGGCUCGAAACCAUAUGUAUGUGGCCAAGAGUCUGCUUCAGUCUAGGCUUUCACUUCCUUCACUCCAAGAUUCAGCAACCUCGGAUAAGGCACGUGGAAAAGCUGUUGUGGUAAGUGACGAUUACAUGGACAGAAAGCACGAUCAACAAGGAUUGAUAGCCUUUGCAUUGCUUCUGAGCCUCUUAAACCAACCCCUGUAUUUGAGAAGUGUGGCACAUCUUGAACAGCUUCUUAACUUACUGGAGGUCAUCAUCGACAAUGCUGAGAGAAAGUUUAUUUCGGCUGACAGAUCAGAUGGAUCUGCCAGCCAGCAACAAUCUACGCCUCAAGGUUCAGAAACUGAAAAUAGUUUGGAGAAUCGUGAUAUUUCCUCUGCUUCUGCUGGUCCAUCAACCAAACUACCAGAUUCUUCUGGAAGUUCUUCUGCUGGAGCGGAGAGUGGAUGUGAUGCUCAGAGUGUGUUGCUUAACUUGCCUCACUCAGAGCUCUGUUUGCUUUGUUCAUUACUUGCUCGUGAAGGUUUGUCAGAUAACGCAUACACACUCGUGGCAGAGGUGCUAAAGAAACUUGUGGCAAUUGCUCCAAGCCAUUGUCAUCUGUUUAUUACUGAGCUUGCAAAUGCAAUACAGAAUUUGACAAGAUCAGCUAUGGACGAACUUCGCAUGUUUGGUGGAGCGGUGAAAGCCCUGAUAAGUACCACAUCUUCGGAUGGAUCUGCAAUUCUAAGGGUUUUGCAGGCACUAAGCUCCCUCAUCAGUUUGCUGAUUCUAAAAGACAAACACCAGCUGCAGAAUUCAGAAGACAAUGCUGUCGUGCUUUCUCAGCUUUCAGAUAUCAACUCAGCUUUGGAGCCUUUGUGGUUGGAAUUGAGCAUUUGCAUAAGCAAAAUAGAGGGGCAUUCCGAUAAAGCACAAGUUAUUAUACCUCCCUCUAGAAGUUCUACUAGUAAGCCAGGCGGGGUAAACCAGGCGCUUCCUGCAGGUGCUCAGAACAUAUUGCCAUACAUAGAGUCAUUCUUCGUUACCUGUGAGAAGUUGCAUCCCUCGCUACCUGGCUCCAGUCAUGAUUUGGGAAUUUCUAUGGUUUCUGAAGUUGAAGACCAGCAAAAGAGUCCAGGUCCUAGCUCAAAGGUAGAUGAGAAGUAUGCCUCCUUUGUGAAGUUUUCAGAGAAGCACAGGAGGCUACUCAAUGCUUUUAUCCGACAAAAUCCUGGGCUACUUGAGAAAUCUUUCGCGCUCAUGUUGAAGGUUCCUCGUUUUGUUGAGUUUGAUAACAAACGAGCAUACUUCAGAUCAAAGAUAAAACACCAGCAUGAUCACCAUCAUAGCCCUUUGAGAAUCUCUGUGAGAAGAGCCUAUAUUCUUGAAGAUUCGUACAACCAAUUGCGAAUGAGAUCAACCCAAGAGCUGAAAGGCAGGCUGACUGUUCAUUUCCAAGGUGAAGAAGGCAUUGAUGCUGGUGGGCUUACCAGGGAAUGGUAUCAGCUGCUGUCCAGGGUUAUUUUCGACAAAAAUGCUCUUCUGUUCACAACAGUGGGCAAUGACUCAACCUUCCAGCCAAAUCCAAAUUCUGUUUUCCAGACAGAACAUCUCUCUUACUUCAAAUUUGUUGGCCGUGUUGUUGGCAAAGCUCUGUUUGACGGGCAACUCCUCGAUGUUCACUUCACUCGUUCUUUUUACAAGCAUAUCUUGGGAGUCAAGGUCACUUAUCAUGAUAUCGAAGCCAUAGAUCCUGAUUACUACAAAAACCUGAAGUGGAUGCUUGAGAAUGAUAUAAGUGAUGUCCUGGAUCUGACCUUUAGCAUUGACGCUGAUGAGGAAAAGCUGAUAUUGUGUGAAAGGACAGAGGUAACUGAUCAUGAACUGAUCCCUGGAGGCCGGAACAUCAAAGUCACUGAAGAAACCAAGCAUAGAUACGUUGACCUAGUUGUUGAGCAUCGAUUAACCACUGCCAUCCGCCCUCAGAUAAAUGCAUUCCUAGAAGGAUUUAACGAACUGAUCCCGAGGGAUUUAAUAUCAAUCUUCAACGACAAGGAAUUGGAGCUAUUGAUAAGUGGUCUUCCAGAUAUAGACUUGGAUGAUCUUAGGGCGAAUACGGAAUAUUCUGGUUACAGUCCUGGAUCUCCGGUCAUCCAGUGGUUCUGGGAGGUUGUUCAGGGAUUCAGCAAAGAAGAUAAAGCUCGUCUUUUGCAGUUUGUGACAGGAACUUCGAAGGUUCCUCUGGAAGGAUUCAGCGCUCUUCAAGGAAUUUCUGGCUCUCAGAAGUUCCAAAUCCACAAGGCAUACGGAAGCGUUAAUCACUUGCCAUCCGCACAUACCUGUUUCAAUCAGUUGGAUAUGCCGGAAUACCCGUCUAAGGAGCAUCUGCAAGAGAGGCUGCUACUCGCUAUCCACGAAGCCAACGAAGGGUUCGGGUUUGGGUAAAACAGAGCUCAGGGGAAAAAGUUGCUGCCUUUAGAUUGUAUUGGCAGUUUUAUAACUCUUUACAUACACAUAAUCUGGUUGUUUUUCCACCCCUUCUUUCUUUUAAACUUUGGGCAAUGUACUAAUGAAUGGAUGCAAGUGAAGAAAACGAUGAGUUUGGGAGAGUUAUUUGUACAGACUGUUUUUCUUUUCCUUGGCAAAUUAAAAUCAUGUUUUUUCCUC